CCACAUCAUUCUGCCUUGUUGAGUUAUUGGAAGUUCCCUAAUUGGCUGUGAGUGAGUGUGUGUAUUUGCUUUAGACUCUCCCCUGCUAAUGUUAACCCCUCCACCCACUUCUUUGAAAACAACAGCCGUGUUUUGCUCCUCCACGCUCUUUUUAUUUCCCUUCCUGGAUCUCCAUGGAGCAGCCGGACUCUAGCAUCCCAGACGUCAGCAGUAAAGUGCAGCUGCAUGGCGUGCUCUGGAAAAGAUCCUCCGGAAGACCAUCAGCCAAAUGGGCUCGAAGAUUCUUCAUUAUCAAAGACAGCUUCUUGCUUUACUAUGCUGAGAAUGAGAAAAGAAACUUUGAAGCUAACAGAUACUUCAACAUCCAUCCAAAGGGAGUUAUCCCUCUAGGCCGAUGUGUGGUCGAGCCAAAGGAGGAACAGGGCAUGCCCUUUGCCAUGGUUAUCAACCAUGAGGAAUUUAAUGGAGACAUCGUGUUAGCAGCAGAGUCAGAGUCAGAGCAGAGCCAAUGGCUGGAGAUGCUGGAGGAGUCAGGAAAAGUUACCUGGAAGAAUGCCCAGUUAGGCGAGGCUAUGAUUGAGAGUCUGGAGGCUCAGGGACUGCAGUUGGCCAAAGAGAAACAGGAGUACCUGGAUAAACUGAUGGAGGAGACUGAAGAACUGAGUUUACAGAGAGAACAGAAGGCGGAGCUGGAGCGACUGAAUCAGGUGCUGGAGGAAGAGAAGCAGAGGUUUGAGGAGGUGCUGAUGGAGCUUAGAGCCGAGCAGGAGCAGAUCAAGCGGGAUUUGGAUGGAACAGCUCUGUCACUGAAAGGAGUCGAGUCUGAGAAAGAAGAGCUUAACAGUCUGACCAUUCGACUACAGCGGUCUCUUGAGGAGCUAUCUAAGGAGAAGCAGCAUACUCUGGAUAUGCUCAGAGCGAAAGAGAUGGAUGGGAUUGACUCUGUGGACCAGGCUUCUGCUCCUGAUCCUAAAUGCCCCAAACCACAGGAACAGCUACAGGGCAACCUAAGAAACAUCGAGGAGCACAUGAUGUGUCUACUCUGUGAAAAGAAGCAGGCAGAAGAGAGGCUGAGAGAGAACGAGCAGCGAGCUCAUGUGCUACAGGAGGAGAGAGAGUUUUACUCAACUCAUGCUCAAGCACUUCAGCAGUCCCUCAGUCAGCUAGCAGCUGAUAAACAGCAGGCCGAAACUGAGCUCAAGGCUGAGAUGGAGUCCAGGGCAGAGUUAGAACGCAGGCUGAAGAUGGCUGAGGAGGCCCUGAAGAACCUGGAACAGGGUCUACACUGUUUGGAGCGCAGCCGAGAGACAGACGAGAAGAUGAUAGGAGAUGUCAGCCACCUCCGCAAGUUCUUUGAGGAGUGUAUCUGUGCUGCAGAGAUCGAGGCCAAGCUGCCUGCCAUCAUGAAAAACUCUGUGUAUCUGCAUAAAGCUGCUGCACGGCGAAUUAAAAGCUGUCGCAUCCAGAGACAUGCUUCCAGGCAACACUGGCGGAAACACUCUCAGUCUUUUGCUGGAACACAUGGAGAGACUUCCAGCCUGGAGGACCUGAAAGAGACCACUCGGCGUCUGACCUCGGACAGCUGCUUUAGACAGCACAGCAAAGAAGGCCAUCAGCCGACAGGGCACAGCGCAGUCUAAGGACUGAGAUCAGUGUGAGGCAUCAACACCAACCUGGUCUGAUAAUCGUUCAAUGAGUAAAGAUUUGCACAGAUUUUGGAUGAAAAGUUGUGAAUGGCUAGAAAGGUUAGUGUUAUGAGAAGGCUUAGUGAUUUGGAUCUUUUCUUUCUUUGUGUGAAAUCUCUUGCACUAAUAGGUUCCAAUUAUUGUUUGAUCAACACACAGGAAGUCCUGAAGGAUGUUGAAUGUCUUUAUAUGACCGCUUUCUCUGCUGUAAUAAGUUAUUAUACAUUAUAU